AGCACUCCAAGAGGCGAGCCCAAACCGGACUGCACGCGCUCCGCCGGCAAAUAACACUGCUGUGAUACCCCCGGCUUGUUUCCUCGCCGUUCAUUUCUUGACCCUUUUCACAAUGGCUUCGCCACCUAAGCCCUGGGAACGAGCUGGAGCCUCAGUGCCUUCACUGACCAUUCCUCCUUCAUCAGCCUCAUCAUCAGCGCCUCUGUCGCCGGCAUCAUCUGUUGCAUCCAUGGACGCACCUCCGAUACCAGAGCGCCCGGCGUCGUUUGCCGCGGCCAUGACCCAGAACGCCGCCGUCCCUACGCCCGGCGUCAUGGGCGGCAUGGCUGCCUCUCCCUACGGCGCCUACAACAGCGCAUACUCAUCGCCCUACUCAAGUCCCUACUCGCGCAUGGGAGGUGGCUAUGGAGGAUAUGGCGGCGGCAUGUAUGGCGGCGGAUACGGAAUGGGCAUGGGAGGCAUGUACGGCGGCGGCAUGUAUGGCGGUGCCAUGGGCGACCCCAACAGCCUCGCCGGCCGCUUCAGCAAUGGCACCGCGGCGACCUUUCAGAUGCUUGAGGGCGUUGUCACUGCCUUUGGCGGAUUUGCACAGAUGCUCGAGAGCACAUACAUGGCCACGCACUCUAGCUUCUUUGCUAUGAUUUCCGUCGCCGAACAGUUCGGCAACCUGCGCGAUACCCUAGGAUCACUGCUCGGAAUCUUCACCCUCAUCCGUUGGAUCCGUACUCUACUGGCUAAGCUCACUGGCCGUCCCCUCCCAGCUGAUGCCGCAGCCCUCAACGCCUCAGACUUUGCUCGAUUUGAAGGCCGAUCCGGCGCUGCUGGAUCUCAGCCCCCCAAGGCCAGCCGCAAGCCUCUCAUCUUCUUCCUCCUCGCCGCCUUCGGUAUCCCCUACCUCAUGUCCAAGGUGAUUAAGAACAUUGCCGCCUCCGCCGAGGAAGAAGAGAAGCGUCUUCAGCAGCAGGCUCUCGAGGCCCAGAAGCCCGUCGAUCCCGCCAAGCUGGAGUUUUGCCGUCUCCGAUUCGACUUUGCCCCCCAGCAGACCGGCGGUAUGGAACUGGAGGGACGCAAGGGAGAUCUCGUCGCCGUCCUGAGCAAGAACGACCCUGCUGGUCAGCCCAGCGAGUGGUGGCACUGCCGUAGCCGUGAUGGCCGCCAGGGAUACCUCCCCUCAACCUAUCUCGAGGUUCUGAAGAAAUCUGAGCCCAAGAAGCUCAAGGCCGCUCCUGAUAGCAGAACCAACUCAUUGACCAGCUCAUCAACAAGCGAAGAGGGCAAGAAAGAGUAUGCUACCGCUGAUGGCAUGCAGAGGAGUCACUUCUACUCUUAAAAAAACAAAGAACACCACUUUAUACACAUGUCUGUAAUGAUUGGAAUUGGGUCAUCAAGGCUGCGCGAUUAGAUGCUCUGGUAUAGCAUGCUCUAUUUAUACCACUGGCGUGCUUUUUUUUAUUUUUUCCUUUGUCCUUUUCCUUCUAGCUAUCUAAUUCGCUUUGGGAGUUUUAUUUUCGGGGUAUUUGCAUGCUUGCUGUCGCAUAGCCCUUUUUGUGUCAAGACGCUUUCAUGGAGACGUGGAUGAAGACCUGCUCCGUUUCCUGUAUAAAAGUCGGGGGGUUGAUUAUUAUUUUGUAUUAUUUACAUACAGCUUUUUAAAUUUAUUUUCAUGACGAUUGGAAAUUGAGAAAUCUAAUCAACUUGCGUGCGUGUG